GUUGCACAAUGUCUUCUCUGUGCUCGGACACAUAGAUACCACAAAAGGACGAGCACUGGAAGACAAGGAGAAGGCAGAGAAGAUACAGGGGAAAGGACUGAAGUGUGGGGGGGAGACGGUGUGGAAGAGAAUAGAUUAAAAAGAAAAAAGGGGAGAGGCUGAAUGGCAGCGGAGGGAUGAGGUGAGAAGGGGAGACAGAGAGAGUUACGCUGCAGUAGAAUGAGGGUGAGAGUGAAGGAGAGAGCCGAGAAGCAUCUGAGCCGCCAGCCUUUCGCUCGCUACCGGGGACCCGACGUUUUCUGAAGAGAGAAAUUAAAAGAAUCCACCGUGGAGCCGAGAAGGAGGAGGAGGAGGGGGGCCGAGGAGGAGGAAGCCAGAGGUUCCACACACAAGAUGGCUGCUGUGUCCUCUGCCUUUGACUCUGGUGACCACAGAGGCCGCCACCCCCCUGAGCGCAGACUUCUGAUCCUGGGGGGUCCACAGUCUGGGAAGACCUCUACCGCCAACACCAUCUUGGGGGACAAGGUCUUCGACACCGGGAAUGAGACAACUCACAGCAAUGUGGGCCAGACUGAGAUCUAUGGGCGACGGGUCACUGUGGUCGACACCCCGCCAUGGGUCAUCCCUCCUGACCCGGAGGAUGACACUGAAGAUGACAGCAAUGACAACGCCGGCGCAGAGUCAGACAGCCUGCGGUGGCCCCCGGCAAGCCUGGACAGUGAGGAUCCAUGCAUGGGGGCCAUUCUCUGCCCUCCUGGACCCCAUGCGAUUCUGCUUGUGGUAUCGGUCACCCAGCCUUUCACUGACGCUCACAGGAGGGCUGCAGAGGAGCAGCUGGGUGCCCUGGGUGGAGGAACCUGGAGGUACUCCAUGGUGCUCUUCACCGCAGUGGACAAGCUGCCUAAAGGUGUCUUCAUUGAGGAGCACAUAGCGAACACUGGAGAGGCCCUGCAGUGGCUGGUGGAGAGAUGUGGAAGCAGGUACCAUGCCUUUGAUAACACUCUGAAAGAGACAGAGGACAACACGCAGGUACCUGAGCUGAUGGAGAAGGUGGAGGAACUGAUCACUGACAACCAAGGCUGGUACUUUGAGGUGAACGAGCUGAUUCUGUUGGAGGAAGAGCAGGCCAGGAAGGCUCUGGAGGAAGAGAGGAUGAGGAUGGAGGAGCAUGCGAGGCAGAGGGAGCAGAUGAUCGGCGGACCUCCCAGAGAACUGAGGCUGCUAUUGUUGGGCUGGAAGGGCGUUGGAAAGAGCUCAGUGGGGAACUGCAUCCUGGGCCGUCGCUACUUUGAGUCGGGCCAGGAGACAGAGCUGUGCCUUAGGAGGCAGGCGCUCGUAUGUGGUCGUCGGGUCACCAUCGUCGACACCCCAGGGUGGGACUGGUUCUCGGUGAGGCGAACCCCAAAGCGCAUCCACCAGGAGUCCCAGCGCGGAGCUGCCCUCCUGCGACCCGGACCCCACACCCUGCUGCUGGUCCUCCCCGUCGUCUCAUCCCUCACAGCCAGGAAGAGGCGAACGCUCCUGGCCCACAUAGAGUCUCUGUUUGGUGAGAGCGCGUGCCUCCACACCAUGGUCCUCUUCAGCUGUGGUGACUGGCUGGGCCGCACGCCCAUUGAAGAGCACAUCCUCCGAGGCGGGCGGGAGCUGCAAAGACUGCUCGAAUACUGCGGGAACUAUUACCAUGUCCUGGACAGUAAGACCCCUGGCAAAGACAGGAGUGUGUCCGUCCUACUGGAUAAGAUUGAGGAGAUGAUCAGGGAGAAUGGUGACAAGGCCUUCCUGCCUGUACAGGAUGAGUGGUUGAGCGAGGAGAGCUCCUACUCUUCUGACAACACGGAGCCUGAGGACGACUGCCGAGGAUGCCAGCUGCAGUAACACGGUCACCCUGAAAGGAAAGCGGUCCAGCUUUUCUGUCUUCAGUAGGCCCAGACAUCACCUCAUGUAACACGAACCUCAUCUAGAUCUCCCUCCAGAUCUCAAGAGCUCUAGGGAAAAGACAGAGGUUUGGAACGGGAGUCUCAUCAUGAGUAGCUUUUUGUUAGAAAUGCAAAGACCGAACUCACUGAUCACAGCAAAGCCUGAUCUGGACGAACAGUGAGUGAAGACUCGGUGGUUAAAAUAAAACCAAGAGGAGGAGAAAUAAGCUUUUGCUUUACAGGACCAGAGCUGGAUCCCUGUUCAUUAGCAUGUUCACAGAAACCAGCUGCUGCUAAACAGACCCUGUUUCACACUGCAGAGCAAAGAAUUACUUGUCAUUGUAACCCUGUGUUCAGACUGCACUGUUAGGUCUAAGUCAGAUUCGGGGGUAGGACUCUGUCUGCAGCAGCUCUAUCACUCUUGGUUAAUGGAAGAGGAGGAGGAGGGUAGCUAUAAGAUGCAGUAAUUUCCUGAUGUGAUAUUGUUUUUCAUUAACAUUGGAUUAGUUUAACUCAGGAUGUCAGGGUUGAAUUGACUCCUCCAGACAAAAUCUGAUUGUAAAGCUGCAGACACAAGUCACAUAUUAAGUUUUAUCUAUUAGUUUUAGUUUACUGGAAGUAAAAGAGAGUCGGACAGUCAGGGUUAAAACCGGUUUCUUUGGUUCUCUUGUGCUAAGAGUUAAACUGAGUCCAUCUACAGUAGUAAACCCAUAUUUUCCUCCCACCUUCGCUGUAGCAUUCAUGCUCAAGAGGAGCUGCAGUCUCAGAUCCCUGUGGAGCAGCUUGGGCAGGCUCUGCUUCACGGUUUGUGGUCUUGCAUCCAGCGCAUUUAUCGACAAGGCAGAUUCAGCUACGUGCCUCAGCAUCAAAGCGCGAGAGCGGGAGUGCAGCCCUGCAGCGGAGCGGCAUCCUUAUAGGCUACCACAGACGUUCGCAUGCUACAGAAACAACAUAACCUCAUGAGGCAUUCGAGCUCACACAGGGCUUUGACUACCUUUUUUUUACAUCAUUGAGACACCUCUUCCUGACAUCCACAGUGAUGUUUUGAAAAAAAAUGAAUAUAUAAUCAGCUCUCAGAGGCAUGUUCAGCCACCGCAUGCAGAUAAAUGAGUGCCUGUAAAGCUGACAGCAACCUCACUCCUCAUUCCUCUGGCUCUUGCUUGAGCAAGUCUAUGUGAAUUUCUAGUUUGACAUCAGAACCAUUUCUACCCGUACAACUGCAAAAAAAAAAAAAAUCUCUCUCAAAGGUAACAAUAAAAGCAUACACAUCCUGUGACCGAUACCACUGCCAUGGUGUAAGGUUUUAUACAAAGGCCUGUGAAACAAACCCUGACAUUGCUUCCUCGAUGCUCCAUCCCGUCACAUAGUGACAAGCACGACUUUACCGUUUGAUAUUUGGAGGCUUCAAACAUUGAUCUGGAGUCGUAGAGUUCCACUCCACCUGUGAAUAUAUCGUAUAGACAGUGUCUAUUUACAGUGUAAAAUGUUACAUUGUAGGCUUUAAGCGACACAUUUUGCACUGUGUACUACUUUACUGUAGCCAAAGUGACGUUACAUCCUGUGUGAUCCUUCCUAAAUGGUGGUUGCAUCAUCAGCACUUAUGCCAUCCUUAGACAUCAAUAAAAGAUGUGGAUAGAU